CGAUGCUGCAGGGCUCAUGUGCCGGUCGCUUGGUGGCUAAACUCUGUUGGACCCAUGCGAGUGCGGGAAUUGGACUCUGAAGACCGAGUCCCUAAUUGACAGUACCACUAGUGCUUAGUCAAUCGCGGAACAGUCCAAACGGCAAACUCUGAGGCAUCCAGUCAACAUUGCCCAGUCAUAUUCUUAGGUGUCAAAAAUGUAUCGGUCUGAGAGAUAUAUUAGUCCCUGGGACCGUUCGCCGUUGUCUGAUAGGACCUCCGUCACUUGACCGGGUUGUCUGACACCGUCAAAUCCCAACCCUGAGUGCCAAUGUCGGGAACUGAACUGGUGGAGUCUUGUUUCGGUUGGAUCACUGUCAUCCAUCCCCUUUCUUUCAAUCCCCCUCAUUGUAUCUCAGCGGAGACGAUUGAUAUUGGACACCUCGUCAAGCAAGCCGAUGGCCUGAACCCAAUCAAGUCCGAUUCGACAGACCCCUUCAAACUCUGGAUUAUUCAAGUCAGAAUCAUCCUGGUCUUCACUCAGCUGCUUGCAUACCCAUUGGCUCGUCUUCGCCAGCCGAAAGUCAUCGCGGAAGUGAUAGGAGGUGUUGUUCUUGGACCAACGAUUUACCCCGAACAUCACUCCCACUCUUGAACCUUACAGCCACGAUAUCACUCGUUUUGUAUUUAUCCCACAUCGGUCUUGAAAUCGACGUCGGAACCAUACAGCGUAAUCUUCGUUCCGCGCACUCAUUUCGGCCGUCGGAAUCAUCUUGCCAUUUCAGUGUAGCGCAGGCAUUUCUAUUCCCUGUGCAUAGCCUUGUGGAUGAGGAUAAGGUUUCACUUGGUCACUUCUUGUUGUUCACAUGUGUUGCCUUGUCAAUCACUGCGUUUCCAGGUUAGUGCCUUGCUACACCACACCAGUUUACAAAUUUGAGCAUGACCAACACUCUGGCCUUCUGGGGAACCCUCAGGUUGCCUGGCGACC